AUGUCUUCCAACAACGACGCCAACAGCUUAUGCAGCAACCGGACUUCGGUUCAGCCACAGACACUGGAGGACGGCGUUUCUUCGAGGAACACGCAUGAUACGGGAAACAUCCCCGAUCAGUCUGUUUCCGAUGAAGAGGCGUCAGAAGCUGGAUCAGAAGUCUCCCACGAUAGUUUAGACGAAUACAAACUUGCGUCGCAGCAUUUCUACGAUCCAGCCAUGAUUGUCUCGUAUGUCUAUGUCGGCGGGAAGAUGGUCGGGUACAUCAAGGGUGCCAUCUACCGGAAAACCACUUGGGUCCUGGCGUUGGUAGCUUUCCCCUCAGAGACCUCGGGCCAAGGAUGUUGGGUGCUGAAAGGUUCUUACGGCGGUGGCGAUCAUCGACAAGACAUGAUCUCCCAAGUUUCCGAGUGCAUGUCGCAAAACACCCAGCGCGGCACCUCGGCGAGAUCUUUCCUCUCGAAGGUUGGGUUCAGCCUGACACCUCGAGAGGGACAGAUCUUCUGGCUUCAUCUCGAUCAGCAGGAUGAUCCCAAGACGGUCCCUGCCUGGACCGACGAGUCUCCUGCAGAGAGAUACCAGCGUCAGGCGAGACACUUCGAGGAGGGAGGCGAGGCGAUGCUGGAAGGUUGA